CACAACUGCAAUCAAAUAGAUGAAAUACAAUUCACAGAGAGAGUCUCUUUCUCAGAACUUUUGAUCUGGGGAUGCUGUUAAGAUGGUUUUUAUGAAGCAUAUGUGGCUGUAUUUUGGAUGGCUGGCUGUAACGAUCAUGGUUCAUAAUGAAGUCGAGGCCUGGACGUAUCAUUACCGGACAGACAGCAAUAUGGACUGGGAGACAGCUCGCCGGUGGUGCCAGCAGGAUUACACAGACAUGGUGGCCAUCCAGAACAAGGAGGAGAUCGCCUACCUGAACAACACGCUGCCCUACCAUCCCCAAUACUACUGGAUCGGCAUCAGGAAGGUGGAGGGACAGUGGACCUGGGUGGGGACCAAGAAGCCCCUGACUAAGGAAGCGGCAAACUGGGCAACAAAAGAGCCUAAUAACCAGGGCAGUGGUGAGGACUGCGUGGAGAUCUACAUCAAGAGGGGAAAAGACACGGCCAUGUGGAACGACGAGAGGUGCAGCAAAAAGAAAGCACCCCUCUGUUAUAAAGCGUCCUGUUUUAAUACGUCCUGCAGUGAACAUGCCGAGUGUGUGGAAAACAUCGGCAGCUACGUAUGCAAGUGUGACCCGGGCUUCACUGGUCCCCGCUGUGAGGAAGCUGUACAGUGCAGGCCGCUCAGGCAACCAGUCCAGGGGUUUUUGCAGUGUAAUCAUGUUUAUAAAGAGUUCCAGUUCAGUUCUUCCUGUCAUUUCCACUGCGCUCGUGGAUAUACACUAAUAGGUUCACAGAAUCUGCACUGUCUGGAAUCAGGGGACUGGAGCAGUGACCCUCCUGAGUGCCAGGCUGUUCAGUGUCCCCCGAUUACUGUUGCCACUGGUGGGUGGAGCAUGAACUGCAGCCAUCCAAUUAACACAAACAGCUACAACUCCACCUGCACAUUCAGCUGCAAGGAGGGCUUUGAGCUGGUGGGAUCACUCAACACCCAGUGUGAUCACACUGGACAGUGGACACACAAGACCCCCACCUGCACAGCUGUGUCUUGUAGCAGCCUGCUGAUCCCUGCAAAGGGUCACAUGACCUGUGAUGAUCCGCUGGGAAAUUUCUCCUUCCGCUCAACCUGCACUGUUAGCUGCGAGGAAGGAUACGAACUAAGAGGAGAGAACAGAAUCACCUGCCUCAAGACCGGCAACUGGUCUGCAUAUACACCAACGUGUGAAGUUUUAAGGUGCAGCCCACUGAAGUCUGUCCCUCAUGGCUCACUGCACUGUAUGGACCCUGUGAAAGAGUUCAGUUAUGGCUCCACUUGCUGGAUGGAAUGUGACCUCGGUUUUCAGCUCACGAGAACAAACUUCACCCAAUGCACCUCUCAGGGGAAGUGGAGCCAGAGUCUCUCAGUCUGUGAAGCUGCACAGUGUUCGCCUAUCUCUGGAGACUCCAGUGGGUGGAGUCUGAACUGCAGCCAUCCCAUCUCCACAAACAGCUACAACUCCACCUGCACAUUCAGCUGUGAGGAGGGCUUUGAGCUGAGAGGCUCAAACACAACCCAAUGUGAUCACACUGGACAGUGGACACACAAGACCCCCACCUGCACAGCUGUGACUUGUAAGCCCCUUGUGACCCCUGUGAGUAGCACUGUGAGCUGUGCUGAUCCGCUGGGGAAGUUCUCCUUUCGUUCGUCGUGCACUGUGAGCUGUGAGGAAGGAUACACGCUAAGAGGAGCGAACACACUCACGUGCCUCAAGACCGGAAACUGGACUGCAGAACCACCAACGUGUGAAGCUGUGUCCUGUGGCUCCCUGCCAACCCUUGCGAAUAGUCACAUGACCUGCGCUGACCCGCUGGGAAAGUUCUCCUUCCGUUCGUCCUGCGUUGUGACCUGUGAGGAAGGAUACACACUCAGAGGAGAGAACGUCCUCACCUGCAUGGAGACCAGCAACUGGUCUGCAGACACACCAACGUGUGAAGCUCGACAGUGCCCUCUGCUGCUCUAUCCAGAGAACGGCAGGAUGACCUGCUCUCACCUUCACUCCUUCUUCAGUUUUGGUUCGCGCUGUAGUUUCGGAUGUGAGGACGGUUAUGUCCUCACAGGAGCACCCACACUGGACUGCACUGCGACUGGGUCCUGGAGUCAGGAGGUGCCUUCCUGUAAUGCUGUUCAGUGCGAGCCUCUUGCUCACUCCCGUCUUCCCCAGUCGCACGCCUCUCCUGUCCCCUUUAUGAAUUGCUCCCACCCCAGAGGCAACUUCAGCUUUGGCUCUCAGUGUGUGUUCCAGUGCUCAGACGGCUACAGGCUGAAUGGGAGCAAUGAGCUGGUCUGUACGUCUGCUGGGAUUUGGACAGACUUCCUGCCCACCUGCGUCGCUGUUCAGUGUGAGCCUCUCGCUCACUCACCUCUUCCCCAGUCGCACGCUCCUCCUGUCCCCUUUAUGAAUUGCUCCCACCCCAGAGGCAACUUCAGCUUUGGCUCUCAGUGUGUGUUCCAGUGCUCAGACGGCUACAGGCUGAAUGGGAGCAAUGAGCUGGUCUGUACGUCUGCUGGGAUUUGGACAGACCUCCUGCCCACCUGCGUCGUGAAGGAGAUGCCAUUAGGCACUAGCCUGCUUGUGUACAUUGCCACUGGUGCCGCAUUAUCAAUUGGCCUGCUGAUGGUAGGAGGGCUGUUUCUGCUGUUGGUGCAUCAGUUCACGAAGAAGGCUAAAUUCACACCAGAUAACUCAGCUUGGGAUGGGAGUCUGAAUCCAGCCUUCGAGGACAUUUAGCUUAAGAAAUGUAAUCAUAUGCUUUCUGUCUCAGCCGUUUACAGAUUUCUCAAAAUGUGUUUGCAUUAUGAAUGUUGAUGUUGUCAAAUUCGGUGAAACUUUACCUUAGUUGUAUGUCUGUGUAUCUGAAACAGAGAGUAAUAUUGAGCUUUCUGUGUGAUUUUGCAUGUUUGUGCUGUGAGUCAUGAAAUCAUUUGAUAUUCACUCACUGGCCACAUUAUUAGAAACUCCUUGUCUGUCCACUCACUGCCUGCCUUAGGAGAUUCACCUGCCUUACACAGUAUUGUGCAAAAGUCAGAGGUUACCAUUCAUUUAACUCUUGUGUGGUGUUGAUGUGUUUGUUACUCAGUGGUCUGCUGGAUCCACCACAUU